GCGAAGACACCAGCCUUCACUUCACGAGCAAAGAUUCGUUGCUUGAUUUGCUCUACCACCCAUCUCAGCCACCGGCGGCGACCUCAGAUGGGCGCCCGGGAGCGCCGCGCCGUCCACCACCGCGCUCGCCUCCGCCUCCUCCCCCACCACCGCCACCUUCUCCUCCUCCUUCCGCUGCUGCUCCUCUUCCUCCUCCCGCCCCUCUCCGCGCUCCUCCUCCGCCGCGCCAACUCACUGGGCCGCCGCUGCCUGCCCCCCGCCGCCGAGCACCGCCCCCUCGCCGGGCAGCGGCUCAGCUUCUCCAUCGUCACGCUCUCCGACGAGGACCUGUCGGGCCGAGGCGUGCGGGGGCGGUCCUUCCGCGGCGUGCUGGCGGCCACCGCGCGGAACAAGCGCGCCUACGCGGCCGCGCACGGGUACGGCCUCGCCGCGCUGCCCCCCGGCGCGGUCGACCCCGCCCGCCCGCCCGCCUGGAGCAAGGUCCUCGCCCUCCGCGCCCACCUGCACCGCCACCACUGGCUCUUCUGGAACGACGCGGACACGCUGGUUACCAACCCUGGCAUCUCGUUGGAGGAGAUUUUGUUCUCGGUGAUUGGGCAUAGUGAUUUUGAUGCAUCGCCUGAUCUCAUUCUGACAGAGGAUAUCAAUGGGGUGAAUGCCGGACUGUUCUUCAUAAGGAGGUCGAAAUGGAGUGAGCGAUUUCUGGAUACAUGGUGGAACCAUACAUCAUUUGUACAAUUUGGUUCCACAAAAAGUGGGGAUAAUGCAGCGCUGAAGCAUAUUGUGGAUCACUUGUCACCUGAAGAAACACAAGCACACGUCCGUAUAGCAAAAAUGCAGUGCCUCUUCAACUCAUACCCCUGGGUUGCUACGUGCAAAUCAGUUCACCGCCUGAUCUUCCACCCGUCCACUACAUGGAAAGGGGCUUAUUCAGAUGGAGAUUUCAUGGUCCAUUUUGCUGGCCUAAAUGACAAGCGAGGCUGGACAUCAAGAAUUCUUAGAGAGAUAACUCACCGAUGAGGAUAAUUACCCCAAUUUUAUAAUGAUCAAUGGAGGAUCUAGAAGUUUAUGUGAAGAGCCUGGUUGUUUUUGUAUCAUAUUCUGUUGUAGACUGCCAUUUUAGUUGGACAGCAUGUUCCGUUUCUAAUCAUCUAUUAUUAAAAGGUUGCCUCCCCCUAACUACUUCUGCAAACCUCUGAUCCAGCCAUGUCAUAAAAAAUACUCGACAUUCAUUUCUGGACAGCUCUUAUGCACAGGUGUUUGAUUCAGAAGCACAACACAGCCAUCUGCCUCUUUUAAUACCUCGCCAAUAUCCACCGAUCUCUCACAUCCAACAGAUCAACAUUGCAACAUGACAUCAACUUAUCAAGGCUUCUCUGCCAUCACCGGGGAAUGUGGAGCUGCUGCUGCUCUACGACUUACUAUGUGGUUAGUGUAAAAAGUGUCAGCAUUGGACCUUGGCAUGCCACUGACAUUCUUGAGAGGCGCCUGUUGUCGUCCACUUGGUGUGUGUCAGCGAAUCUGCAGGUCCCAGGCCAUGAUCGGAGACAUAUCCUUCCGUACAUCGUGGGCGAGGAUGGACAUGACGAUGAGCUUCCCGUCGAGGAGCCGGCGUUUUUGCCGGUUGAACGACCUCACCAUGUCGACCGCCUCUUCCUCGACAAGUGCCAUGGAGAUCUGCUCGUGCCAUGAUGAGGUCGUUCAACCAGCAAAACGGCGGCGGUCGCCGUCGGCGGCGGGCCCGGUCGCGCCCAAGCCCUCACGGGACACUGAGGCGCAGGACCUACGAGGUGGUACGAGGUGGACACCUUUAGGCACUCGUCAGUGACCAUCAUGUUCUUGAGAACUGGGUCUCACCCUAUUCGCCAGGCCUGCAAGGAGUGCAGUUAGCCCACCCUCGUCCGGCCAGCCGGCGUCAGCGGUGGCGACCCCAUAGCCGGCAAAGCACGCCCUGCCCUUCACCUCGAGGGCGUCGUGGAAUGGACGGUACCUCUCCACGGCGUCGUGUGGGCCUGCGGCGUAGCAGUUGGUGAUGGCGAAGCGGCGCUCGGCCCCGGCUCCUGUUUUCAAGAAUGCGGAUUUGGUUCUGCACAUGAAGUAGUGAGUGUAUGAUUGUGGAUACGGAAGACGAAAACAGCCUCCGAGAUGACACCCAUGAUUUGAUUUGAUCUAGCUCGAGCCUAUUGUUUUUCUAUGAUUUGUUUGUGUGUCGUCCGAUUGCUGCAAUGUGUUCUCGUUUAUGAGCCUCUGAUC